AUGAUGUCAACAUCAAUUUUAAUAUUAAUAGUGGCGAAAGCCCUACCUUCAAUACAAAAACAAAUAUCAUCAAUACAUUUUACUAGAAUAUCUGCUAUUAUAUUAAUAAUAUCAGGAUUAUUAAGUUUAAAUACUCUCUAUAUUCAGUCAAUUGGAUCCGGAAUAGGUAUUUAUAGUGGAUUAUUUCAAAUAACAAAUAUCAGUCAAACAAUAGAAUUAUUUUUAUUUACAAUAGGAUCAAUAAUAUUAAUUGGAUGGCCUAAUUUCACUAGCGAAGCAACUCAAACUAACAAUAAUUUACAAAUAGAAAGUAUAAGCUUAGGUAAUCUAAAUAAAGCUAAAGAUUAUUCAAUAAUAGUAUUAUUUAGUAUAUUAGGUUCUUCAUUAUUAAUAUCAAGUUUAGAUUUAAUAUCAUUUUAUUUAAGUUUAGAAUUACAAUCUUUUGGUUUAUAUAUAUUAGCUACUUUAUAUAAAGAUUCUGAAGCUUCUACUAAUGCUGGAUUAAAAUAUUUUUUAUUAGGUGGUUUAUCAUCUUGUUUAAUCUUAUUAGGAUUAGGUUUAAUCUAUUCAAAUACAGGUUUAACAAAUUUAGAAUCAAUAUAUAUGUUAAUAUUAACAACAAAUAUACAAUAUGUAAUAAUUGGUACAAUAUUUGGUAUAAUUUUAAUAGUAAUUGGUUUAUUAUUUAAAAUAUCAGCUGCACCUUUACAUAAUUGGUCACCAGAUGUUUAUGAUGAAACUCCCACAAUAGUAACAAUUUGGUUAACUAUAGUACCUAAAAUAUCUUUAUUAAUUUUAUUAUUAGAAAUAUAUUCACCAUUAUCAACUGAUUUUAUAAUUGCAUUGCAACCGCUAGCAAUUAAUUUAGAUUGGCUAAUUUCAAUAAAUAAUGAAAUUGAUGGAGGUGCUAUAAUAAAAAAUAUCUUUUUAAUUAGUUCAAUAUUAUCUUUAAUAAUAGGAACAGUUGUUGGUUUAGCACAAAUAAAAAUAAAAAGAUUAUUAGCUUAUAGUACUAUAUCACAUAUAGGAUUUAUGUUAUUAGCUUUAGCUAUUAAUACAGAACAAUCAAUAGAUUCUUUCUUAUUUUAUUUAAUACAAUACAUAAUAACUAAUUUAAAUAUAUUCUUAAUAUUAUUAGCUAUUAGUUAUUAUUACUUUAAUAACAUACAAGUAUUGCCAAUGCAAGGAGAAAAAGAUGUAAAGUAUAUAACAGAUUUACAAGGAUUAUUUUAUGCUAAUCCAUUCUUAAGUUUAAGUUUAAGUCUUUCUUUAUUCUCUAUGGCAGGUAUUCCACCUUUUGUAGGUUUCUUUUCAAAACAAUUUGUAUUAUAUUCAGCAUUAGAUUCUGGUUAUUAUUUUAUAAGUUUAUUAGGAAUAAUAGUAAGUGUUAUAAGUGCUACUUAUUAUUUAAAAAUAAUUAAAAUAUUACAUAGCCAAAAAGAAGGAUUGAAUAUGCAAGUUAUUAAUACAAAUAAAGUGCAAGGAUUGCCAAUGCAAGGAGAAAAUAAUUUAAGUCAAUUCCAUAGUUUAAUAAUAUCUAUAUUAAGUUUAUUUAUAUUAUUAUUUAUAUUAAAACCAACAUUAAUCUUAAAUAGUACUCAAGUACUUUCACUUACUUUAUUUAAAUUAUAA